AUGUCCGACGCGAUCGUCGACGAGUCAGUUCCGCACCGCAGGAACCCGUUCGACGCCUCGACGAGUGACCGAAACCCCUUCCCGUCGUUCGACGGGGCGCUAGCGAACGCGCCGUCAGUAGACGACACGGAAGAGGGCGAGAACGACAACAGAGGAGAGCAGGACGUCGACUGUGCACUGAACUGGAGCAUCGAUACGCUCGCGGAGCUUCAGCCCGUGGCCUUCUCGCCGCUCGGUCUGCAGCGACAGUCGGUCAACCGAUUGGAGACGUCGCUCGGGAGCAGCGGUUUCUUUGACGAUGAGAAGCAGUACGCGGUGUUGCGCACGCCAGUGGUCGGAGCUCGAGCUUCGAGGCACACAGUCGCUGGGCGUCAAAGGAAGAAGGAGCCAGAGACAAUGAGAAAUCGGAUCCCGUCUCCGUUGCUGCCAGCGGAGUUGAGUCAGUGCUGCAGUGAGACCGUUCGGGUGCAGGACCGACUGCAACAGGUCGAGACGGUCGUCGUGCCGAGUCCACUGCCGCACUGGGAGUCCCGCCGACUGUCACCCUCUCCUACUUCCACGCGACGUCCGGAGAGACAUGAGGUCAGUGUUGCUGGCGUGUUCAAGAGCGAGUCAGCGUCGCCUUUUGGGGGGCCGCCUCGGUGGUCGGCAUCGCCCGCUGCGAUGCGUUGUGGGACCCCAGUGGGCAGUACGCAUCUCGAGGGGAUCUUCCCAUCGCCGCUGACGAGUACGCUGGUCACUGCUACGCCGAAACAGCGCUCGAGACUGAGGCUUUCGUUUGGGCUUUCGCCCAUCACUUUUUCAGUCGCAGAGGAGAGAUGUCACGAGAACGAGACCGCGGGAAGUGAGGAGACGGGCGAGCGAUGCAGGCCAAACUCUGGCGCUCUGAGUGAAGAAAAGACGCUGCCGCUGAGCUGCACGGAGAGAUGA